ACGUGAGUCGCUCUUCCGUAAGGGCGCUGGUAAACACAGGCGAGCGGCGGCGCAGCGCGUUGAAGGGUUAAAGGCGUCGGGAGAAGCGGGGCAUCAUGGAUGAGGACGGGCUACCGAUUGUCGGUUCAGGUGUGGAUCUGACGAAGGUUCCGGCGAUCCAGCAGAGAAGAUUCGUCGCUUUUCUCAACCAGUUCAUCGUCCACACGGUCCGCUUCCUCAACCGCUUCUCCACCGUGUGUGAGGAGAAACUUGCAACGAUAUCGUUACGGAUCCAGCAAAUCGAAACAACACUCAGCAUCUUGGAAACAAAGCUGUCCUCAAUCCCUGGCCUGGAGGACGUCACAGUGGACGGAGUGGCUCAGAGACCCUCUCCAGAGACCAACGGCCCAGCUGUAGGAUCCAGUACUCCUGCAGUCUCAACUGCUCCGUCUCCUCCUUCUGAGAUUGUUCCUGGACAAGGGCAGGAAGGCUCUCGGGGACAUAAGGGAGAACCGGCGGCAGACAACGUGAUGACCGUAGCCAAGGACCCGCAAUACGCCAGAUACCUCAAAAUGGUGCAAGUGGGUGUUCCGGUCAUGGCGAUAAAAAACAAAAUGAUUCUUGAGGGUUUAGACCCCAGUCUCUUGGAUUCACCAGAUGCCCCGGUACCAGACUGCAGCAAGAAGGUGACCGAAGAACAAGAUGACAGCUCGGACAGCGAAUCUUCUUUCAGCGACUGACUGAUUUAGUCCCGCCCUCUGACCGAAUCAUGGUCUUUAUAUGUACUAAAUUAAACCCUGUACAGAGUCAGAUUACGUAUGUAGCGUACACGCCCGUGCCGUGGACGCUCGCACAGACUACACUUGUGGCUUAGAUGUGCCGGAGACAUAACUGUGGGCAACCUGCACAUCUCUCUUUAGAGUGCUCAAGCUUCAGAUCCGUUUAGAAAUAAACAAGAAGAGAACUGGACUCAUUUCUUAAAAAUGUUCAUUAUUUUUUUUUUUCCCUAAUUAAUGUCAGCAUUUGACUUCUUUAUAUAUGUUAAUGAUGGACCAGGCUUUCCAACAGAAUAUAUACAUGAUCAAGCUAAUGUGUGGAACGUCUUUUGUUGAUGUUAUGAAGCCAAUGUUGUUUUUUUUAUAAAAACACAGGAUAUAACGAAAGCAGAGAGAUCACAAGUUCAUAUCCCCAUUAACAAGUAAGGACAGCAUCACAUGCUCUGAUUUCCCAAUACAGAAGUCAUGCACAUUGUGUAAUUGCAUCAUUUUAUUGCUGGAACACUAUAAAUAGUCAGUCAGCUUUACAGCAACAUGGAUUAAAGUGCAAAAGCUAUAAUUGUAAGCUAUAA